AGUUGUAAUCUUGUUUUCGUAAACAAUAAGCCAGAAGGACAUAUUUGAAUAAUAACACAAGGUUCGUUAGACGCCUGUCAAUUUCUCGUCGUAAUUGCAUGAAUUCUUUCUAAAGGGUUAAUUGACCUCGCGGCUUUUGUGUCAAUAAGCGGUAUAUGACUGUUGACGCUCACGGAAUAAUUAUCUUCUUCUUCAAACAAGGAAAUCUUGAAUCAACCUGAGCCAUCAAAGCUGUAAUCAUCCACAACGCGGACCAGAAUUAUCACACAGGCAGAAGAAUCUUCAUAAAUGAGAAAUGACGAUAACCACUGACGAAGUCUUGGAACAGAUUGGCAGCUUCGGUCGCUACCAAAUUGUCCUCAACAUAUUUUUCAAUCUUACCUAUGCAUUAUGGUGGGCCGUUCCUGUAAUGAUUUCUGUCUUUAUCGCAUCGGAGCCCGGCUGGCAGUGCAAAAAUACAUCGACUUGCCCCUAUACGGACACCAUAAGUCUUGGAGACACGAGGUACAAGUACCGAUGUAAUAUUCCAAGGGAAGAUUGGAAAUUUGCGAACGAUUUCACUUCUAUUGUCACUGAGUUCGACCUGGUUUGUGAACGCGGGUCUUUGGGGUUUGUUUCCACCUCCAUGAUCUUUGCCGGAUUUUUCAUUGGAAGUAUCCUUGUGAGCACCCUCUCUGACAGGUUUGGCAGGAAACGCCCCCUUUUCCUCUGCGGUUUUAUUUGCUGCGUGGUUCAUCUCAUCUCAGCCUUCUCUCCUGCAUUCUGGUUUUUUGCACUUUGUCGUUGCAUUGUUGGAUUCAUGAUUGGUGCUUACAGCAUUCCAUUGUUCGUGUUGACUUCGGAGUUUUCCGGAAUGCGCCACAGAGGUGUAGCAGGAGGCCUGGUGUGGACUGGAUUCUUUCUGUUCACCAUGAUCUUAGCAGGUGUAGCAUACGCUAUCAGAGAAUGGCGUGAACUCACUAUGUUUACUGGAGUUCCUGGCAUAUUCUUUACGGCUGGAUACUUUUUCAUCCCAGAGUCUGUCCGCUGGUUGCUAAAAAAAGGUCGAGAGGAUCAGGCCAGGGUAAUCCUACGUAAAGUAGCUGAGCUGAAUGGAAAAGAAAUGCCUACUGAAUCACUGGAAUUAUCACAAGAAGAGCAGAAUGAGAGGCUUGGUGACUUCCGAGAUUUGUUUGUGUCACGAAAAAUGAUACACAAGACGUUAUGCUCUUGGUUAAUGUGGUUCUCUGCAUCUUUUAUCAGCUGGGGCAUAGCUUUCAGUGCUCCUUUUGUUGGGGGAAAUAUCUACAUCAAUGUCCUUAUAUCUAGUAUAGCUGCAUUGCCAGCAUACCCAAUAAGUGCUGCUUUGACGAUGAAGUUCGGUCGCAGAAAGAUUCUAGGAGUAUCGUUUCUAUUAGCUGCUGUCGGAGCAAUCGGGACACUUCUACUGUCAGACAAAGCUGAAAACGAUAAAGGUUACAUGGCUGGGAAAAUCUUCAUGUCCAUGGUCGUUGCAAAGUUUAACAGUGAAAUAGCCUUUUCAUUGGUUUACAUUUACUCUGCUGAGUUGUUUCCAACAACCAUAAGGAAUGUUGGUAUGGGUACAUCUACAGCUUCCGCCCGCGUAAGCGCUUUUGCCUCAGCUUAUGCUCCGCUCUUGUUGAUCGUUCAUCGUUUCCUUCCCUAUGGGAUAAUGGCUGGUCUGGCGAUCGCAGCUGCUAUUGGAUGUAUGACUUUACCGGAAACUCUCAAUCAACCAACCAUGGAGAGUUUGUAUUCCGAUCAGAGUGAGCCUAUGAAAGGAGCAGAUGGAAACAGAAACGGGGUUGAUCCUGAUAACGGAGAAGAAACGGUGGCUUUAAUGUGAAAAAGAAGCCCCACAGCCACCAACAAGAAAGUUAAUGCUUCUUCGAACCGUUCUGCCUUACUUUUAGCUGUAAGCUUUGUGCAAGAGACAAGGGCUGUAGUUAUUUUUCUAUAAUCGUUAAAUUGCUUUGUAAAGAACUUUUCAUAAUGUUACCUUACUUGUACCAAUGAUUGCAUUCGAUCCUCAUUACUUCGGAGUGAUGGUCAUGCAUGCCAGUAUCAAUCGAACGAAUGAACCGUUCUUGUACAUGACGUAAGGUUCGCGCUGGAAAUUAGUCUAAGCAUAUAUUGUUAGUCAGCUGAAAAAACAAACAAAAAAUAAACGUGCAA